AUGGCCGACACGCCGCCGCCGCAGCGCCCGGCCAGCAGGGCUCUCUCUGAGCUGUCAGAGAACGACGACCUGCGCCGUGCGAGCGCUCGCGUGUCGAGCUACUCUUCCACUCUUUCCCUCAAGGGCGGCGAACAGCGCUUGUCCCGUCCAGGGAGCCAAGUGGGCGGCGACGAACCCAAGCGCGUCUCCCUGCCUGUGCACACCAUCACGCUCAACCUCGCCGACUAUACAGGUUCGCCUACGACAACGCCAAAGGCGGCGGCCACGACCUCGGCCUCGGCCGUAACGGUGUCCGCCGGCCCGGUGUCCUCGUCCAUGGUCCAAGCGGCGGCGUCGCCGCCUGCAACCCCCACCCCUACAGCAGCGACUGUGCCCCUGCCGACAGUCGACCCACCGACAUCACCGACCACCAAGCGCAAGUCGGAACCCCCACCAAAGCCCGAAAAGCCAGCAGAGCUCACCUCGCGCCCACUGGUGUCUAGCGAGCUCGUGGUCGACUUGUCGUCAGAACCAUCAGACAGCAUUUCACCCCUGCUUAUGGCGACUCGCGCCGCCCUUCGUCCAGCGCCUCUUGGUGGCGUCUCACAGGGCCAAGAGGACAAAGACAAGCUGCCAUCGCCACCACCGUCUGCGUCGUCUUCGUUUGACUCAUCCCGGUCGUCGGUGGACCUCAGCAAGCCCUACCCCAAGUCAAAGCCCAAGUGGCUGCGACGCGCUUCCAUCACCCCCGCGCUGCGAACCAUGUCGUCUCGCUCGCCGGCCGGGUUGUCUGUGGACCUGCCAGCAGCCGAAGCCACCGUUUCGCAGCCUGCUGGACCCCCGCCACUCCCCCCACGCAACAAGUUUCCCUCUGGCCCGCUCGACACUCCAAUGACAGCAGGGCCGUCCCGUACCCCACCACCACCACCGCAACACCCUGGGCGCGCAGAGUCAAUCUCGUCCAUCUCGCACCACCACAACUCGCUCAGCUCGAGUGGGCGUAGCCGAUGGGCAUGGGGACAGAGCACCGCAGGUGUGCAGCGCUCGGCAUCGAGCAACAGCAUCAGCAGCACUGUGUCGCACCAGCGGAUCCCGUCGUCGGCCUCGCGUGUCCUUGGCCAGGCCGGCAGUGCCGUGUCCAAGACUUGGAUGCGCGCCCGCGGCGUCGGCGGCAGCAUGAGCAUCUCGGGGCUGGGGUCUCUGGCCCAAGUCCGCGGCAUGGAGCCAGACUUUACUGGCCCGGGCUCAUACUCGACUCCACCUUCCUCUCUGUCGCGCAAGCUGUCGCGCGACGUCGACAUUGCGCCUAUCGAGGUCGCAACUUGGGAGGAAGGCAUUGUCAAGCGCCGCGCCCGUGUGGGAUACCCCAAGGGCCAUGUGUUUGGCCGCCCAAUCGACACCGUUGGACGCACAUGGGGCGUCUACGAUGCCGCCGAGGAGCGCCUUGGCGAAAGCGAGUACGAGCAGCGGCGGCGUCGUUGCUUGCCCGCCGUGGUGGUUCGCUGCGUCGAGUACCUGACCACCUGGGGUCCCAAGGAGGAGGGCAUCUUCCGCAUCAGUGGUCGUGCCAGUCACCUGCAAAAGCUUCGCAAGGAGUUUGACGCUGGAGCCGACCUGGACCUCAUGUUGUCCGACCCGGGAGACCUUGACCCGCACGCCAUUGCCGGCACGUUCAAGUCGUACAUUCGCGAGCUUCCCGACCAGAUGCUGCCGCCAUAUGUCGAGUCCCAGCUGGACGAGUACCUGCACAAGCGCAAGGACGACGUUGACCUGCUUGUUGGCGUGAUCGCCGAGCUGCCCAGUGCAAACUGGUUCCUCCUUGCCGACGUCAUCAGCCUCAUCGACCUGAUCCCCCGCCACGCCGACGUCAACCGCAUGAGCCACAACGCUCUGAUGAUUUCGCUCGGGCCCACGCUUCGUCUCUCGGGCGACCACGUCACCCUCCUUCUCCGCCACCGCGAGGUCUUGUUUGCCAACCCGCCCAUGGUGUCCGUUUCCGACUUGAUCGACUUUGGUUCCGACGAGCUCCUCACAUUGUCCCCCACGUACGAGGACCUUGCUCUCCCAAGCCCCGUUCCCAGCAGCGCGAGCAGCAUCAAGAAGCCUGCCCCGCGCCUGGCCAAGAAGAACUCGUUUUCAAACCUUCUCGGUGGCGGCCGUGCAUCGGUGCGCCGCAGCCAGAGCGAGCAGGCGCUGUCUGUUUCGCCCGUCCCUCCUCGUCUGGCUUUGCCAGAGCCUGUCCAGGUCGACCUGCCCUCGUUCCGCAUGACCGAGGACAUUGACGAAGGUGACGAGAUGGAGUCGCUCGACACCGACGUCGCCAAGGCGUCGGAUGUCAUCGAGGACGCCCAGUACGCUCCCGGCACUGUCGCAUCGCGUGCUCGCGUCUUCUCGACCCCUACGCCCAUUGCCGACCGCUUCCGCCGCACCUCGACCAUUUCCGACCUGCGCCCACCCAAGACUGAGUCCAUCGCGUCCUCGUUCUCGAGCGUCAGCGACUCGCUCAGUGGCAUCAACGGCGAGCACGUUGACGAGCUCCCUGUCCCUCCCAACCCCUUGGUCGGCCUCCGCCGCUCACCUCCAAUUUUCUUCCAGUCCAAGGCCGGCUCCCGCAGCGCCUCACCCUCGUCCACAUCGUCUGUCGUCUCGAACGUGGCUGUGCCCGUGGCUCCCCCCGCCGAGGUCGUCCCCGUCCAGUCGGCCGGCAAGAAGCGCAAGGACGACGCCAGCCGCGUCCGCGACCCCGACGGCGCGCCUGGCGGUGCCAAGAGGUUGAGCUCUGGCCCGUCGCUCGACGACGAGGUACUCGUGAGGGUGUAG